UUUAUUUAUGAAAACACCCUGAAAUCUUCUUUUAUUUUUUACAACAAACAUGGCGAGUAGAACGUCCUUUGUGAAAACAACCCUCAUUCUUUUUACCAAAGAUCAAGAAGAAAACGCUGAAAAGCUACGGACAGUUUUAGAAAGCGAGUGUAAUGGAGAAGUAUUCGUAGUGGAUCUUGUUGAUAUCUCUCUUUGUGGACUCUCGCUUGAAGACGAAAUGCGCCAACGUUGUGACUGCAUUGUUUUGAUUUGUUCUUCUAAAGCGACUCAGCUUAUCAAUGAAGAGAAAUCCUCUGUCUUUGUUACAAGAGGAGGACAAGAAGCAAAAUUCGAUGGGAAAGUUAUCAGCAAAGUUCUUAAGGACAACGAUGGAAAAUUACGUCGUAAAAUAAUUCCGGUAUCUUUUGUGGAGCUUCCAUCGGUUUUACACGGUACCAGACGCGAUGGUCGAAACAGUGUGAUUUCAUUUGAAAUCAAACAUGGAGAGGUCACAGAAGUGAUGUUGGAAGGUGAUAUCUUACAAUCAUUGAUUGACGCUAUUAAGAAGGUCAAGAAAUGACUCGAGGCGCGAGGAAAUAUUGAGAAAAUGUUUCUUUUUACAGUCCAGUUGAAUUGUUUACACAAAUCAGGAUUUCUUGAAAGGAUCGAAUCAAUCAGUUAUCACAUAUUUUUUAAAUUAUUGCUGAUGUUAGCACUACCUGUAAAUUCGAUAAUUGUGUGAAUAUAAAUAUCUGUAAAGUAGAAGUCAGAGAUCUUAACAUUCAAUGCAAUAAGAAAGAAGACUAAUUCUUA